AUGGAAGCGCCGCAGUUGAACACCACGAUGACUACGGCGGUGGUGGCCUUGGAAGCACCCUUGUCUCAAGUCGCGCUUGCGUUCCCCAACCGAUAUGCCAACCUCAUCCUUGCGCACGAUCUCCUUAUCACGGUGUUCCCUGGGAAGUUAUUCGUGCUGCCGGCCGCCAACGAGGGAAUGAACCAAUUGAGGUUUGAUGCAACCAGUGCCCACUGCAGAACGACCCGGAAUUUACUCACGAAAGAAGUCGUUGCAGGCACAGUUGUGCCCUCCAGCCGAACAUUUGCCGAAUACCAAGCUCAAUGCGACGACGGCGACUGCGUCCACGUGAACGCCAGCGAGCACCCCCUUGAUCGGGUCUUGAUGGAACUGGAAGGGGAGAACUUGUGGAAAUGCACCUCAUGCCCUCGUACCACGUCGUGUACCCAUCGGAUCGACCCCGAGUGGUUUCGGGAUGACUUCGAUUCCUCCCGUGGUGCGACGUGGACCCCGCCCAGUGUCACUUUUCCCGUGCAGUCCAGUCUACAGGAUGAAGUCAGAACGCGGCGUGGCUUUCAAACUCUUUCUCAACUGGAUCCUCACUCAUUCGAGCCUGUCCAGCUGGCGUUCAACUUGUGUUCAUGCGGGCAUGCAUACGACGAGAAUGACCGCCGCUUUGACUGUCGCGGGACUGUCAUGACUUUGUCAUUCGACGGGUUUUUCCAUGGGUUCCUCAGGACCAGCCACACGUCGUUUUUCGACCUGGACCUUGUCAAUCUGGUGCGUCUCAGCUCCAUUGUUGGCGCCGCGCCUAUGUCAGCUACGUACAGAAUCAUUGAAGGAAUGUACGCGUCACAGAACCAGGCGCUUUGCAGUCGCGCGCAUUUCAUACGUUCAUGCUGGGUGAUCCUGCGAGCUGUGAAUGUGGAUCUUGUGAAAAGCUUCACUUGUCCCCACUGUGGAUCGUUGGACAGUGCUCCCAUCAUUAUAGGCGAUGGAGGGACUACCCACGGCAGAGUGUUCCACGACACGGUGUUGCGCUCGACAACAGACAAUUCAUCCGACAUGCAGACACGCGAAAACAGUUGCUUCACUACUGCGGAUCGCGAGCGCACCAAGGGGAUCACCCUCCCAACACCAUGUGUCCUGCAACCCAAGCUCGGCUUCGAUUGA